CAAACGAAAGACGCCAGAUUCACGAACCGAACAUCUGUCAGGUAACUCAGGAUCUGAUGAGCGAUAUUCAUUCUUCUCUGUGAAUACCCCAGUUCUAUCUUUGAUUUGUGUUCUUCGCACAAAACGGUUUCGCUAUGGCCUCACAAUUAUUGCCUCUAGAGCUUAUCGACAAGUGUGUGGGAUCUAAGAUUUGGGUUGUCAUGAAGGGCGACAAGGAAUUCAGCGGUACCCUCCUUGGCUUUGAUGACUAUGUCAAUAUGGUGCUAGAGGAUGUCACAGAGUUCGACUACUCAGGAAACCACACUAAGCUUUCGAAAAUUCUUCUAAAUGGAAACAACAUCUGCAUGUUAAUACCCGGUGGAGAAGGUCCAGUUGCGGCGGCAUCAUGAUGGACUGGGUGUUGGUGAUCAAUACUGGGAGAGACUGGU